CCCCCCCCCCCCCGCCGCGCCGGCCCGCCGGGUUACCGUGGGACAUCGCAACAUAUCACAAACCUUGACUUUUACCCUUAUGAAAAUACAUUAGAACUAGAGAAUGGCAUUGAACAUUUCUAGUUUUGUAGAGAAUUCAACGGCGCAUCUUUUGCAAAAAAAUUAAGCCAUUUAUUAUUUGUUGAUGAAAAGAUAUGUGCAAAAUACAUGAUGUUGCAAUCAUUAUGUCUCACCCGGUAGGUUGUUCCAACGUCGUUAUUGCAUUGAGGAGUAUGUUUCAAAAUCUGCAACACCAUUAGUACAUCCUGACGAUUGUCAAGAGAAAUACAAAAAUAUUUCCACAGAUCAUGCAAAAUGCUAUAUUACACAUAUCCUUUGUAGUAUUGGUCCGUCUGAGUUUGCCAUUCAACCUAUUAUGUUACCUAGAACGAUACAAGAGCUUGUUGACAAACAUAAUGAAUAUCGUUCAGCUGUUGAAGCAUCUAAUAUGUUAAAAAUCUACCAUGAUCCGCUAUUAGCAGAUAUGGCCCAAACUCACUGUAAUCUAUGUUCAUAUGAUUAUGGGCUAGCUAAGAAUCGUAUUAUACCAGAAUAUGGCUGGAAAAAUGGUCAAAUUAUGCUACUCACCAUGAACUUUAAUGAAAGUGCUGCAGAUCUGCUUUCAACAUUACUCGAUGGACAACAACAGCUAUUUGUCUAUGGACAAGGUUGCAUUGGGUUUGAACUGUUCUGCCAUGAGUAUACACUAGCAAUGUUAGCCGGGGUUAACCGAAUAGGUGUGGGUCAAACAGAUUGUCUAUUUCAAGAUGCAAUUGCUAAACUUUACUGUAUCAAUUAUAUUCAAGCGCAAUAUACGGAUAGUUACACGAAACCUUAUAAACAAGGUGCUCGUUGUUCUGAAUGUCCAGAUAAUUGUGAUCGAAAAUUGAUGUUGUGUGAUUGUAAAGAUAAAUUAUGUCCAAAUGGACAAGUGCUCGAUCCUUCUACAUGUAAUUGCAUUCUGUCAAGUAGACCUGUAACACAACUUCAGGAAGAUAUAUCAAUAAGCCGGAUGAAACUACUGUAUGAUGUUCGGACAUUGGAUGACCUCGGACAACAAUAG